UCUCCACUCGAAAUUGGCCUGAACGCUGCAUCUCAGGAGCUGAAUGAGGAACGUUUUUUUCAGGUUCUUGGACUUUUACUCAUGGGAUUUGGUGCAUGGUUCUUAUUGGAUAGAAAUAAUUUUUUCACAGCUUUGGAUGAAAAUAAUCACUUGAUAGUAUAUAUUUGUCACAUUUUGAUUGGAACUGGAUCUGCUAUUGUUCUUCUUUGUCUCUUGGGUUAUUUGGGAAUUCACAGUGAAAUCAGAUGGCUCCUACUUCUGUACACAGCACUGUUAAUGUGGGUCUUUGGUGUUCAGGUUGUACUUUCAACAUUCAUCUUCAUAAAGAAAAAGGAGGUUCACCAAGUAUGGCAUGAUAAAAUUGACUUAAUCAUUACUGAGUAUGGAUCUAAAGACAUGCCUGAAGAUAUACCCAAAUGGAUUAUUCUGAAUGCUUUACAGAAAACAUUGCAGUGUUGUGGCCAGUACAAUUACACAGAUUGGAUAAAGAAUACAAAUAAAGAAAAUUCAGAACAGGUGCCAUGUUCUUGCACAAAUUCUACAUUAAGGAAGUGGUUUUGUGAUGAGCCCCUGAAUGCAACUUACCUGGAGAGGAGUAAUUCUUCAGCACAUGAGUCCCUGGCAAAAGGAAAACACAAAAAUCUAAUCUUUUCUUGGUCAUGA